AGUUGGGUUAACCGGCCGACCGGUCAAAGAUUCUGAAGGAAGCCAAAACCAACGAAAUUACCAUGUAAGUGUAACUGGAGUACAUGUGGAAGCAUCUUCAUCGUACGAUGUUUGUUCAAAGUUCACAUUCUUUCCCAUAAACAUAAACAUACAGAGCAGAAACUAACAAAAUACAGAGGGUGUCUUUCUCUUUGCCUUUUCGUGUAUCACAGUUUGACCUUCUCUUUCUGUACACCAACCCUUAUUUUCCCUCUUCACCUCUAUAAAUAUAUCCCAAGGUAUCAUAUUUAACUACUUACAUAACUUCUUGGCCCCAAAAAAAAAACUACUUACAUAACUUUCAUUAAUUAAAGAGAGAAAUAUCAAUUCUUUCUUUCUUUCUCAGUCUCUCUCUUCUUUCUUUCUAUCGUAAGAAUCUCUAGACUAGAUGGCAGAUGUGGUUAGAUUAUCAGCAUCAUCGUUUCAUUCUUCUUCUUCUUCGUUGCAUACCUCCUUUGCAUCCACCUUGAACUCUCGACAACCGGGUCUGCCACCCAAUUUUAAUUUACGUAGGAAAAGUUGUUCUCUUCCUUCGUCUUCUUCUUCCGUUGCCGGCCUUUCUCGCCUUCCUUUGACUUCCAGAAAGCAAUUGCUGUCUUUCAAGGUGCAUGCAACUAUUACUGAAACGAACAAGCCAAAAUGGUGGGAAAAGAAUGCCGGACCAAAUAUGCUUGACAUUCAUUCUACUGAAGAAUUUUUGAGUGCCUUAAGUGAAGCUGGAGAUCGAUUAGUUAUUGUUGAAUUUUAUGGAACUUGGUGUGCUUCUUGCAGAGCUUUAUUUCCCAAGCUCUGCAGGACAGCGCAAGAACAUCCUGAAAUUUUAUUCUUAAAAGUCAAUUUUGAUGAGAACAAGCCUAUGUGUAAAAGUUUGAAUGUUAAGGUGCUUCCUUAUUUCCACUUUUACCAUGGAGCCCAUGGACAACUGGAAUCGUUUUCAUGUUCGCUUGCCAAGUUUCAAAAAAUAAAGGAUGCUAUCCAAAUGCACAGCCAAUCGCAUCGCAACGUCGGUCCACCUAAGGGACUUGGAGACCUGAAUCUUGAAUCUGUAUCUGCUCCGAUUGAAAAACCGGCUGUGUCAACUUAAACACAGGAUUCAUUAUGAAGCUUGUGUCUACACCGGUGCAUUGCCAUGUAUAUUGCACACCAAAGUGGACUCCCAUAUUGAGCUUAUAUGAUAUUUCUGUAUAUUGUCAUUUUUCUCUGCAGAAGAAUACUAAGUAGAAAUUCUUAGCUUGCUGCAUUUUUUUCAUUCUUAUUCUGCCUGUGAUAUAUGUAACCUCGAAACUCAAUUAGAAAUCAAAUUGAUUUUGUUGCAUCUUGAUUGCUAAUAUUACUGUAACGAUUCAGGUUCAA